CCGCCCCGCCGGCAGAUUCGGCACGGCCGCGGGCAGCCGGGGCCGCGAUCGGGGCGGCGGCGGCGCCGGGGAAGAGGAGGGUGCACAGAACCCCCGGGCGCCCGUCCGUCCCACUCCCUGCGCCCUGCGCCGCCGGGAAUUCGCAGUGCGGAAUCUGCCGCGACGAACCCGCCGCGCGGUGCGCGCCCUCGCUGGCCGGCGGAAAGAUGGCGUCGGUGUGGGAUGAGUCGGAGGACGGCGUCGGCGAGGAGGUGCUGAAGAUGUCCACGGAGGAGAUAGUGCAGCGUACUCGCCUCCUCGACAGCGAGAUCAAGAUCAUGAAGAGUGAAGUACUGAGAGUGACCCAUGAGCUGCAGGCCAUGAAAGAUAAGAUCAAAGAGAACAGUGAGAAGAUCAAAGUGAACAAAACCCUGCCAUACCUUGUCUCCAAUGUYAUUGAGCUGCUGGAUGUUGACCCCAAUGACCAAGAGGAAGAUGGAGCAAACAUUGACCUGGAUUCUCAGAGAAAGGGCAAGUGUGCUGUGAUCAAGACAUCUACACGUCAGACGUACUUCCUGCCUGUAAUUGGGUUGGUUGAUGCUGAGAAGUUGAAGCCUGGAGAUCUGGUGGGGGUAAACAAAGACUCUUACUUGAUCCUGGAGACUCUGCCUACUGAAUAUGAUUCACGGGUGAAAGCCAUGGAAGUGGAUGAGAGGCCCACAGAGCAGUACAGUGACAUCGGGGGGCUGGAUAAACAAAUCCAAGAGCUCGUGGAGGCCAUUGUUCUGCCAAUGAAUCAUAAGGAGAAAUUUGAAAAUUUGGGUAUACAGCCACCCAAAGGAGUCCUUAUGUAUGGCCCUCCAGGAACAGGGAAGACACUUUUAGCUCGAGCAUGUGCUGCCCAGACCAAGGCUACGUUCCUGAAGCUGGCAGGUCCACAACUUGUGCAGAUGUUCAUUGGCGAUGGAGCAAAGUUGGUACGUGAUGCUUUUGCUCUCGCAAAGGAAAAAGCUCCUUCCAUCAUCUUUAUUGAUGAACUGGAUGCUAUUGGCACUAAAAGGUUUGAUAGUGAGAAGGCUGGUGAUCGAGAAGUGCAGAGGACCAUGCUGGARCUGCUUAAUCAACUUGAUGGUUUCCAGCCCAACACACAAGUCAAGGUGAUUGCUGCAACCAAUCGGGUUGAUAUCUUGGACCCAGCUUUGCUCCGCUCUGGACGAUUAGAUCGGAAGAUUGAGUUCCCAAUGCCUAAUGAGGAAGCCAGAGCCAGAAUUAUGCAGAUUCAUUCACGCAAAAUGAAUGUCAGCCCYGACGUGAACUAUGAGGAACUGGCUCGCUGCACAGAUGAUUUCAAUGGAGCCCAGUGCAAGGCUGUGUGUGUUGAAGCGGGGAUGAUUGCACUCCGCCGCGGAGCCACGGAGCUCACGCAUGAGGACUACAUGGAGGGAAUCCUGGAGGUUCAAGCAAAGAAAAAAGCCAAUCUGCAGUACUAUGCCUGAUCUCUGCCCAGUCAAGGUUGUGGCCAUGGCAGAGGACAGGAGCAGACUGGACUGUAUCACUCACUUUCUGCGUGGAAAAAAUAAAGUAUUUUUUCCCUUUAAAAACAAA